UAAGCUUAUCGUUGUUCAUUGAGUUGGUUCGGAACUUGUUUUUUGUGAGUUUUACACCAUAAUCAACCGUAAACGAGGAAACAUGGAGAGCAAGGCUAAUUCUAGCACUGCUGCGAUCGAAACCGCUGAAAACCUAACCGUGCCAGCGAAAAAGGCAGGUAAAGCUAAGGCAAAAUCGCAACAUACGAAAGCGACGCAUCCGCCAACUUCCGAGAUGGUCCAUGCCGCUAUCAGAGAGCUGAAAGAUCGCAAAGGAUCAUCCGUGCAAGCUAUCAAGAAGUACAUCACUACGACGUACGAGGUGGACGGAGAGAAAUUUGCUCCGUUCAUUAAACGAUACUUGAAAUCCGCCGUGACAUCUGGAGCUGUAGUCCAGACUAAGGGUAAAGGGGCAUCCGGUUCUUUCAAACUUUCUAUGGGAAGAACUGACAGAUCGAAAUUGAAGAAGGGGUUGCGAUCGUUGAAGAAACUUGAAUCGCAGAAUGUGCCUUCGGUCGAGAAGAAGACCGUGGCCAAGAAAACUGUAAGCAAGAAGGUGGCAGCUUCACCUAAGAAAGCUGUUGCAGAAAAGAAGGCAGCACCAGUCAAGAAAGCUGCAGCAAAAACCACUGCUGCAAAAUCUAAGGCUGACGUUAAGACUGUGUCCAAGUCUAAGAAGACCACGAAAGCUCCUGCUGCGAAAACCAGAAUUCCCAAACCCAAGAAGGCUGCGGCUAAAUCAGCCAAAAAAUAAUUCCCUUUCCCAAUGAUGGCAUUUGAUCUUCAUAAAAAACGGUCCUUUUCAGGACCAUCAAAUAUUUAAUACGAGGAACUACUUUCGUUCUACACUUAGAACAAUUCUUUUAAUAAAUUACAGCAUUACUCCUACUGAAAUAAUUAUAUGCGUAUAUACCAUGCAACCAUUAUGGUUUGUUUUCAAAUAUAUGAAACCACAGAAAUAUUUUUAGGUACAUCAUCGGAUAUACGCAUAUUGAUGAACUAAUGAAAUAAAUAUAAAAUUAUCCUGUUAUGUUCCUAUAUUCCUCCUCCUCAUAUAUUUAAUGAAUUUUAACCUCUUAGAAGAUUUGAAACGAUUCACUGAAGCAAGCUUUCAAUUUAAGGUUAGGUUCGAACUGUCAGCGGGAAAACUUGUUUAUACACUCCGUCCGAAUGCAUAUCACGAAUAGUUUCGAAAAUAUUAGCGCUAUUUUUAGAUGAGCUUUAAAGAAAUGUAGUUUCGAAGAUUUUUAGAGAAAAUAGUAGUAGGUGAAUAGAAGGCACGCAUAGAAUACUGAUUUGAUAACGGGUUCGUACCGUUCAUGCGUCAACAACAUAUUUCCUUAUUUUCAAAUAUCUUUUAAACGUUUAAAAUAUAUUCUAAGAGAAAAAUUAUAUUUGUAAGAAGUUAACAAUAGGACAACGUAAUGAACAAUAAUGUGCCUUGCAAAAUCUAUGCCUGGGAAACAAAUUUCAUUUGCGUCUUGUGUUCGAGGCCCGUAACUAAAAUGGCGCAUCUUUUCUCUGAACUUCGUAGUCUGCAAUGCAUUUACCAAAGAAGGUUUAUAAAAAAUAUCUCCUGACUUAAACGUCAUAUUUUCCGUUAGCGACACAAAAUACUGGGAGGUAGAACUGAAUAGAGUACAAAUUGAAACUACUGUACGAAAACA